AUGCAAAGAUCCGUGAAGCAGGGACUUCUGCAAGGCACCGGCUGGAGGCUUGGAUUGGGAAUGGCGCAUGCAAAAGCGCUGAACUCUGUUUGCACAUCUCCAGACGCAGACCAAGAAGCAGAGGCAUUGCUUGCAGUGCGCAGUUGGUCAUCGCAAACGCUUUGGGCAAAUGCUUUGCAACUUGUGACGCGGGGUUCCGGUUGUGUGGCUGUGUGGUCCUUGAAGGUGCAUACUGCGCUGAUGGGGUCGUUGGUGCCUUUGGAUUCUGGGUGGGUCCUAGCAGCAUCACAUAUCUCCAACAUGGUCCAGUUAAGCAUUCAGCCUGACAUACUCAGCUACAGCAUGGUGCUCGCCGCUUGCCGCAGCCAGCUGCGUUGGCAGCUCUGCUUGCUUUGCACGAAGGAUUUGCAGCUUCGAUUCUCUCAGAAGUUUCUGACUGCUCUGUACAACGGUGCCAUGGUGACAUGUGCAGAAAGUGGACAACAGCAGCGUGUCUUCGAACUUUUCGUCCACAUGAAAAUGUUUGACGUGGAGCUUGAUAUCAUCUCCGCGAAUACUUGCAUCUCUGCAUGUGAGAAGAGGAAAGAAUGGCCGUGGGCCCUGCAGGUCCUGGAGGUCAUGUCUUCCGAGCUCCUCCCAGGCGAUUCUGCAACGUAUGAUGGCACAAUCACAUGCUGCGAGCAGAGUACACAAUGGGCUUACGGAUUCCAGCUCCUGCGGCAGCUUCCUAAUCUUCGCCUGGCGGCACGCAUCUCCACGUACAAUGCCGCGGUGGGCUCCGAGAUGCGGGCUGGGCAGGCAGGGGCCCGCUGGCCGCAAGUUCAGCAGCUACUGUGCGAGGCGAGGGCUUCCGAGCAGCGCCUAGACAUGAUCUCCCACCAAGCCUUGAACUCAGCGUUCCGCCACGGCUAUCAAUGGCGACUCCUCCUCUCUGACUUGCCGCUGGUCCGAGCUCAGGCACUCGCUUUGCUGAGACACUGA